GCACAUUUCAUUCGCGGCUAGCAGUUGUAUAAUAUAAAAUCAGUCACACUGGAUAAGAUGGCGCGCUACCGUGAGUGGGACCUGCAGUGCAAGGUUUACGUGGGCAAUUUAGGUUCCUCUGCAUCUAAGCACGAGAUUGAGAGUGCUUUUGGGAAGUAUGGGCCGCUGCGAAAUGUUUGGGUAGCACGCAACCCUCCUGGUUUCGCGUUCGUCGAGUUCGAAGACAAGCGGGACGCUGAAGAUGCAGUUCGGUCGUUGGAUGGAACACGGUGCUGCGGAACACGCAUACGGGUAGAGAUGUCCUCGGGCAGAUCGCGACGAGAUGAACGCACACGCCGACCCCGCCGCUCGUACAGGGCAAACUCUUCUAUGAUACUACUCCACGACAGCGACUUACGCCACAGAACAUCAUCUUGUCCAAAUUUUGCUAGUAGCGCUACUAGUGUUAAGUCUACUACCGCAACCACCACCACCACCAUCAAUUCCACCAAUUUUACCACCACCAUCACAAAUACAACUACCACCACCACCACUACUACUACUACUACUAUCUCCACCAACACCACCAAUACUUCUACUGCGUGCCUGAGCUCCUGCCGGCGCGGCUCGAUCUCCUCUAGACCCGAUCAUUCGUCUUCUGGCGACUGCUACUACUACCACCACCGUCACCAAAACUACUACUACUACUUCUACUGCUGCUACUACGGGCAUGCGCACGUGCUUCUACCUCUACUUCCGCAAGCGCCCAUCGCGACACCACUGUUAGCAGCAGUAGCAGCAGCAGCGUCAGCACUGCGCUUCCUCUUGCGAUGGGCUACAGCAACGGCAGCGGCCCUUCCUUGCGACGGCCUCGUGUUCUGCAGUUUGCUUCCCCUUCUACUGCUACUACUACCACCACCACCACAGCCGCCACUGCCACUGCUACUGCUACUACUACUUCUUCAUCAUCUUCCUCCACAUCCCCUCCAUCGGCUGCGAAGUAGUAGAAGCGGCGGUCGUCUUAGCAGCACCACACAUAGCCUUCGCAGUGAUUCAGCAGCGCCCUCUACCGCCGCCGAACGGUGCCUUCAUCCAGUGCCAUCGACUCGCCCCGUUUGGUGGACACUGUUGGUUCCAUCUUGAAGAGGC